AUGUCCAUGACAAAGCAGGGCCAGAAAACUCCUGUGUAUUCAAGUGGUGUACAAAUUACUACGCCACCUGAUAUCAAUCAUUGUUAUUACACAAAGUUGGCGUGAAAUUAACAUGAAUCAAAAAAGGAUGUCAAGAGAAGUGAAAUUUCCAGUACCAUGGGGGUACAUUGCAGGCAAAAUAUAUGGAUCUUCAGAAAAAAGAAGAAUUCUAAUGGUGCAUGGUAUGUUGGACAAUGCUGGAACAUUUGACAGAUUAAUAGAAUACCUGCCACAAGAAUACCAAUACGUAAAUAUAGAUUUGCCAGGACAUGGAUUCUCAUCUCCACUGCCAACUGGAUUACCAUUACACUUUUUUGAUUAUGUUUAUUCAAUAUUGUUUGUUUUGGAUGCAUUAAAAUGGCAAACUUGUACAUAUAUCGGACACAGUCUGGGGGCUCAUAUUGGAACAUAUUUUAGCAUUUUAUAUCCUGGAAAACUUGAAAAGAUUGUAGCGAUUGAUGGACUUCUACCUUUCUUCAUUUCAGACACUCUUAGUUUUAUUCGUAAGGUAUAUGAUACGAAUAUUCCUGUCAAACAUACUGAGAGACUGUAUACCAAAGAUCAAAUAAUGUACUCUUUGCAAUUUAGACGGUACGAAACAUUAAACACAGAAGGUGCGGAAGCUUUGUUUAAACGUGCAGUCACUAAAGUCGGCGAUUUGUACAAAUAUAAUCGUGAUAAAAGAUUAGGGCUUGUUUUAAGACCAUUUUUUACAAUAGAACAACACAAAAACUUUUUCAGUAAAUAUUCAACUAAAACACUAUUAGUUGUAGCUGAUGAUUCUAAACGGAUGUUUAUGCUGUCAAAAAUAAUAGAAGCAUUACCGAGUAUUAUUAACAUUAAUGACCUCUUCACUAUAAUUACUGUAAAAGGAAAUCAUGAUGUGCAUAAUAAUUAUCCUGAAAGAAUAGCACCUCAUAUAUGUAAAUUUCUAUACGAUAAUUUACAAAGUAAAUUAUAAAAUACUAUUUUUAAUGGGAAUUUUCGAUGUACAACACUUUAUCAAAAUACAAUUAAUGUCAAAUUUAUUUUUUUAUUUUACAUUGUUUAUAUGCAUAGGUUGCAUUUUUUGUACUAUUUGUAUGAAAUUGUAUGUACUUAAAUUAUUGAAAUAUGUGAAACAAAUAUAUAUUUUAAAGUGAAUAAUAAUUAUAGAAAAUUGUAAAGGAUUAAUAUCACUUGAUUUUUACUCGUAUUAUAUUUUCAGCUUGCUGA